CAGUAACUCGUCUUUCUCUCACUAGAAAAUGCUCUGAUUAUUUGUUUUCUUUCUCUCUCUGAAUUGUGUUUUCUCUCUCUCUUUCUUCUCCACAAAAAUCCCAUGUUUUUUCUUAAUUUCUCUCUCUUUUGCUUACGAUAAUAGCAUAUACGUAUUCACCAAUGCAUGAUCUUCCGAUCCAAUGUAAUUUUGAUCCUUAGCUUUGAAUUUUUUACCGAGUUUGACCCACCUGAUUGACUCACUGAGUUGGGGCUUCUUUUUGUUGGAGAAACUAUGUUGGAGGCAAUGGAGAGUUCUGUCAAUGGCGGGGGUUUCUCGCAGUUUCAGAGCUGCGGAGACAGUAGUGAAGAAGAGCUCUCGGUUCUGCCACGUCAUACUAAGGUGGUUGUCACCGGGAAUAACCGUACUAAAUCUGUGCUCGUUGGUCUUCAAGGCGUGGUCAAGAAGGCUGUUGGACUUGGCGGGUGGCAUUGGCUGGUUCUUACCAAUGGCAUAGAAGUAAAGCUACAGAGAAAUGCACUUAGCGUGAUUGAAGCUCCUACCGGUAAUGAAGAAGAUGACGAUCUUGAAUUCGAAAACAUGCAGUGGAAUGGAUCAGACAUGGCAUCUGAUGACACUCACAAGUCCCACAGAUCGAGGCAUAGAACGCAUAAAUCGACCGGUUCUUCUCACAAGACUAUGAGCAGGUCUUUUUCUUGUGACUCACAGUCUAAGGGGUCUGUUUCCACACCUCGUGGGUCCACGAAGGUUGACCUCAGCAAACUUGAGAUGGCUGCUUUGUGGAGAUAUUGGCGACACUUCAAUCUUGUGGAUGCCAUUCCCAAUCCAUCAAAAGAGCAACUAGUCGAUGUUGUCCAAAGGCAUUUUGUGUCACAGCAAAUGGAUGAGCUUCAGGUCAUUGUGGGAUUUGUUCAGGCUGCAAAGAGAUUGAAGACCGUCUGCAAAUGACCCUGAUGAGAAUGUUCGGACGGGUUUUGAGUUGGGUUGUCAAUGCUAACAGAAACUUGGUAUCCUAAUGUCCUUGUCCCUUAGUAGCUAUAUCUGUAAUAUAUAUAUAUAUAUAUGUAUGUAUGUACUUGUGGCUUGUUUAUCUUUGCAGUCCCGCUGUUGAGUAGGUUAAUAUUUACUUGAAGCUAUAGAGGUUCUUUCUUCCUUUUUGGUAGAUUAGUUAUAUGUAGAUAUGAUCCAAAACUGAGUUACAAGAGCUCUAAGAAAUCCUUGUGACUUCCUCUCUAUGUACUGCAGACUUGGUGAAGUGGAUUUCUUAAGAUGUAUAUAUUUUUAUUAUUCAUUUA